UCAACAUGGCGAUCGAAGAACGAUUUGAGUUGAUGCUAAAUAUGUGUUUUUCCACAGUAAAAAUGCGAGAUUGGGAAAGAAUUUAUAUGUAUAAGUGAAACAUAUGUAAUGCGUAAUCGCUGAUGUCUAAGUUGGGAAGGCCAUCUUUUGAGGAUAGCCUUCCCGGCAACAUCACAAAUCGCGGCAAUUAGUUUCCGAGGGGGAAAAAUAAUAUUCAAAAGCAUUUCGCUGAUUUUGACACGUAUUUCUUCAAUUAUUCAUGUAUUGCUUAUUUGACCAUGUUCCCCUACAUUAUCAUGAAUUAAACAAGUAUUGAUGUUUUGAAUUUUCUUCCAGUAAAAGAAGAUGAUUACAAGCGUUUCUUUGAUUCAAGAAAAGGCAGAACGAGUAGACUUCAGUAAAGGGAAUACUUAAAAGAAAGAAGACUUGAGUUCCUUGUACACGAAUACUCUACAACAAGAGGUCGCAACGGUGUGAUUUAGGAGACUUGGCUCUUCUGAAAGUGGAAUCGAUCAAAAUUGAACCCGAUUGGUGCCGAUCAAUCAAUAAACGGUGCGGUCUAACUUUCUUAAGGAGCCUGAAGUGAUGAACUGACCAAUUGAAAUCGUUAUAGCUGAUCAGACAUCUCAGUUCCUCUGUUGAUUAAGGUGUAUGAAGAUGACUGGAGAUUGCGGAUACAAGUGCUUGAAAUUUAUGGUAGUUUUCUUCAACUUAUUAUUUUGGCUUGCCGGCUGUACUUUGUUUGGUUUAGGAAUAUGGUUGCUCAGCAAUAAAGGAGAAGUAGCAGGAGAUUAUACCAAACUGGCGGGCUCCAUCAACUACAGGGCCGCACCCAUCUUAUGUGUUGUUAUUGGUGCAGUUACAAUCGUGGUGGCAUUUAUGGCAUGUUGUGGAGCAAUCAAAGAAAACCAAUGUAUGCUUGGUUCCUACUUUGCAUUUAUUGUGGUAAUAUUUUUUCUGGAAAUUACUGCCAUUGUUCUAACUUAUGUCAACAGGGAAGAAAUUGAGAACAAUCUACGAGGUGACAUUCAAGAAACUUUGAAUGAGUAUCGAGAUCCUGAGCAUGAAGCUGUCACAAGAGCAAUUGACGAAAUACAGGGAAGUUUUAAAUGUUGUGGAAAUUACCAAUAUAUUGAUUGGUUUAACACCAGUUGGGGAAGAAGGAACAAAGGAUCCAUUCCUAAAAGCUGCUGCAAAGACCCUUCAGAUGAUACAUGUAAUAAAAAUGCUACUCAGGAUCCAACAAAAGUCUACACCCAAGGUUGUUAUGACUUUGUCAGGAAAUAUCUGUUGAACAAUCUUCAUGUGAUCAGUGGAUUUGGCAUAUGGAUUGCAGUUAUUCAAAUCAUGGGAAUGAUAUUUUCUCUAUGUUUAUGUUGUCAGAUCAGGUAUAAUAAUGACACUUAUGUGUGACUGCACUUUAAAGUAUAUUUCAUAGCUAUAGCUUCCUUUUGAUGUAUGAUUAAUUAUUGGUAUUUUUAAUUUGUAAGGGAAGUCAAAUGGUGAUGUGGGCCAGUUCGAGUUAUAAUUUAUAGCAAAUUACAGAAAAAUAUGACCUAAGAAGGAUAAAAAAAGUAAUUGGUGGAAGUUGAGAUCACAGAAGCAUGUGAUGUUUUAUUUGUGUCAUGAAUAUUUUGGAUCAGUGUGCAUAUUGUAGUCACUAGAAUGUAGUAUAUGCAGGGUUUAUCAACAAUCCAUGUAAUGGCUAUAUUUAUUAUGUUUUUGCUAGAGCAGGGGUUUCAAUAAAAUUUAAAGUAGGUAGCCGGUUAGUGAGAGUAGCCGACCGUACCAACAAGGGGCUUUUACUUGUCACUCGUGAAGUGAUUUUACAAUACAAGAUAUUGAACAAUUUUAAGUACGAUUUUGAUAUGUGAAUCGAUGCUGUUCACCAACGACCCACUACCACCUCAGAACGAGUUGAGUGCCAUGACCAACGAGCUGUGUCCGAUCUUUUGAUAAUUAUUUAAUUUUGAAAUUGAGGUAAAAAGUUCAUACAAGCCCAUCAAAAUUGAUUUUAGUUUAGUUUUCAAAGACUCUUUCUUUAAUAAUAAAUUUAGGGAAAAUGUAGCCAACUAUUCUGAGCAAAGUAGCCAAGGCUUUUCGUCGGCCGUUGGUGCUCAUUGAAAGCACUGCUAGAGUGUAUCAGAUAAAGUUUAAAUUUCCGGGUGGUGGAAAAGUGCUGCUCUGAGGUUACGCUUGCGUACCAGCAGCAAAAAAAUAAACUAUUGUGAUUUUUUUGUAGAUGUGUGUUUUUGUUUGUAUCACUCGGUUGAUAAUCUGGGUAUU